AUGGCAAGCCCGCAUUCCCGCCAAUCCCACCUCGGAUCUCCUCAUGGCCGGCUACCACCCACCGAAUUCAGGCGUUUUGGCUGUCCUUAUGGCGACUGUCUUUGGAGUUUCAACGACUUGCCCCACCUGCGACGACACUUGAAUACUGUUCAUGUCUCUCAACAACAACGCGAUAAUCUCGAACUGUGCUGUCCUGUGGAAGGAUGCCCGUUCUGGACAUUAUAUAAGACCAACCUGAACAUCCACCUGAAUGGGCACACUGGCGACAGGCCCUAUAAGUGUCCAGUCGAAGGGUGCAACUUCGAUACCAAGGAUCCGGCAGCUCGAAGGAAACAUUUUUUGCGCAUGCAUGGAGAGAGUCAUUGCAACACGAUCGUCAAUCAUCCAAGGUCCAAGUCCCCAGACUGCGCUGUUACGACCCCGAACGACCAUUCCCUUCAGUUCGUGCAUUACGCGCCUUUGGCACAAGCCAACUCUCCUGCUUCUCCGCCCAUCGUGUACUAUGAACCCGGUCCGGAGUUCGAGGACGAUUUUGCCCGUAUGGCUCGCGCGAUGGGAUACUUUCCGCCUAAAUCGAUAGAGCCAGACCACGGCGUGGUCCCUCCUACACAUUGCCCCGCUGCGGGCCACUCAAAUCUCGCUCUUCCCGUGGAGCCGCAAUCUGUGUCCGUUGGAUUGGGUUCGUUAGCGGAGCAACUUUCACAGUGA